AUGAAUGUGGCACAUGCUUCUAGUUCGAAUGGGUUGGUGGAUGAACAAUGUCAAUAUGUCAACCGAAACUACAACUUUAGGCCCAACAACAACUUGCCUAUUUAUUACCAUCCUGGCCUCCGCAAUCAUGAAAAAUUUUCCUAUGCCAACAACAGGAACGUUCUUCAACCACCCCAAGAGCCAAGUAUAAAAAUGGGGGAGAAGCCUUCACAGUCACUUGAAGAGUUACUGAAGACUUACAUAGUGGACUCCAAGGCAAGGCUAGAUCAACAUGAUACUCGUCUCAAUAAUAUUGAAACGCGUUGUACUAAUAUAGGGGCAACGAUGAAGACAUUGGAAACACAAGUGGAUCAAUUGGCUAAUACUAUGAAAAAUCAAUUGUCUAGAUCUUUUUUGAGUGACACCGAGAAGAAUCUGAAAGAGUACAAUGCCAUUACUUUGAGGAGUGGAAAAGAAUUGGAAGCUCCUAUUGUCGAAAAGAAAAAUAUUGAGGAAAUCCCCAAGAAAUGUGAAAAGGAAGUAAUCAAGCCAAAGGAAGAGAUUUCGAAGAAAGAUCCAUUGGUGAAGGCGAUUUAUGAGAAAUUUGAGAAGGUUCUAAAUAUUUUCAAGAAAAUCCAUAUCAACAUUCCUUUUGUGGAUGCUCUUGAAGAAAUGUCAAACUAUGCUAAGUUUAUGAAGGAGAGACAAUUACCAGAAAAGUUGAAGGAUCUGGGAAGUUUUACAAUUCCAUGUGUGAUUGGUGAGCUACAUAUUGAGAAGGCCUUGUAUGAUUUGGGUGCUAGUAUCAAUCUAAUGUCUUUCUCUAUAUUUCAUAAACUCAAUCUUGGAGAGGUCACACCAACUAUUAUUUCCAUACAAUUGGCAAAUCGUUCUUUGACAUAUCCUACAGGGAUCAUUGAAGAUGUUUUAGUGAAGAUUGAUAGAUUCAUUUUUCCAGUUGAUUUUGUUGUGCUUGAUAUGGAGGAAGACCAAGAAAUUCCUAUAAUCUUGGGAAGACCUUUUCUUGCAACCGGAAAAGCUUUGAUUGAUGUCCAUGAUGGUAACUUGACUCUAAGGGUGAAUGGAGAAGAAUUAAAGUUCAACAUUAGCAAUGACAUGAGGUUUCCCAAGGAGCAAGCAAAGUGUAAAAGAGUGGAUGUAGUUGCUCCAUGUUUAAGAGAUUUUUUUGAAGACCAUGUUUCAUAA